CUCGGGCAUGAGGAGGGGGCGGGGCCGCGGUUCCAGUCUAGUCCGCCUCCCUCCUCGCCGGGGCUGCUCCUCGACGGGCCGCCGCCGCCGCCGCCGCGAUGAUGAUGGAGUCGCUGCGCGUCCAGCGGCUGCAGCCGGGCGUCGGGGGCACGCUGCGCUCGCUGCGCCCGGGAGUGACGGCGGGGGCCGCCGCCGCCUCCUCCUCCUCCUCGGCUGCGGCCACCACCUCGGCUCCCCCGCCGCCGCCCCCCCCGCCGCCGCCGCCGCCCCUCGGGCUGGGCCUGGGGGGGCCGCUCACGCUGGGGCCGCCGCCGCCGCCGCCGCCUCCCGCGCUGCCCCCGCCGCCGCCGCUCCCCCCGCAGCUGCUGCUGCUGCCGGGCUGCGGCUCCAGUCUCCCGGGAGUGGCGGCGGCGGCGGCGGCCAGCGGGACCGGCCCGCCGGCCGUGCUGAGGGAGGCCGUGGAGGCCGUGGUGCGGAGCUUCGCCAAACACACGCAGGGAUACGGCCGAGUCAAUGUUGUCGAAGCUCUUCAGGAAUUCUGGCAGAUGAAGCAAUCGCGUGGAGCGGAUCUGAAGAAUGGCGCCCUGGUGGUUUACGAAAUGGUCCCGUCCAACAGCCCUCCUUAUGUCUGCUACGUCACUUUGCCUGGAGGGAGCUGCUUUGGCAGCUUUCAGUUUUGUCCAACGAAAGCUGAAGCAAGGAGGAGUGCAGCGAAAAUCGCACUGAUGAAUUCUGUCUUCAACGAACACCCAUCCCGGAGAAUCACAGACGAGUUUAUUGAGAAGAGCGUCUCGGAGGCAUUGGCAUCUUUCAACGGUAACCGAGAAGAAGCAGAUAACCCAAGCACAGGAAUCGGUGCUUUCCGCUUCAUGUUGGAGUCCAACAAAGGGAAGUCAAUGUUGGAGUUCCAGGAGCUGAUGACCGUCUUCCAGCUGCUGCACUGGAACGGCAGCCUCAAGGCCAUGCGGGAGCGGCAGUGCUCGCGACAGGAGGUGCUGGCUCAUUACUCCCACCGUGCUCUGGAUGAUGACAUCAGGAACCAGAUGGCGAUGGACUGGGUCAACCGGGAGCAAAAUAUCCCCGGGGCCCUUUCCAGGGAGCUGGCCUCCACCGAGCGGGAGCUGGACGAAGCCCGGCUGGCUGGGAAGGAGCUGCGCUUCCACAAGGAGAAGAAAGACAUCCUGAUGUUGGCAGCUGGCCAGCUGGGGACCCUGCACUCGUCCAACUGUUAGGCGCCCCCGAGAGAGCAGUCCGGCGGGCGCCUCUGUCCCCUCUCUCCUCCCCUCCCUUUCCUCUCGACUCCCCUGCUCAAAGGGAUCUGAUGGGGAGCUGAAAAUUGAAAGGGGGCAGGAAACCCAAUUCUCCCCAUUGGCUUCCAGAUUUUCUUAAAUUCCCACCCCCUGUCAGGUUUUGGAGGUUCUGUCCAAAUCUACUUGUGAAGGGUUGACUUUGGCACGCAAAUAGCCUUGCCUUUGCCUUUUUAAAAAAAAACCGCAGUUUUACGAUUUAAGUAUCCUCCUACCGAAAGCAACGUGGACGUUUUGUAAGCUAAAUGUUGACCUUUUCCCGGGUUCUGAAUGUGUUCAGAUUUUCAUUUCGGCUCUAAUCUGACCUGUGUUGCUUGCGUGUGCACAGAUUCCUCCUUUUGAAAAAUGGUGGCCCGUUUGCACAUUUUUUUAGAAACAUUUGUUAAAAAUUUCUGUAUAGAUUUUAUACUUGGAUCUGCUCUAUUAUCUCUCUCUAUAUAUACUUGAGAAUUUUUUAUGACUUACUAGAGCACAUUUUCAGUGUAGCCUUUCAGUGUUACUUUCAGUGUUAACUAGACUAAUGCUUACGUGGACCUUGAUUCUAUCCAAGUCCUGUACCAUUGGCAGUAUUAAGUGGCAAUGUAGCAUUUCCAGGAGAAUCCCAUGGUUGCAAUACAGAACCACAGGUCGAGCAAAGGUAUUUUUGCCAUGUGCAUGGUUUGCUAUGAUCCUGCCCCCUCCCCACUCACCUGAAAAGCACAGCACUUAAAAACACUCGUCUCCAAUCUCCCCCAACAUUUUAGGAUUUUGAUUUAGUUGGGGAAUGCCGUGGGGUUUGUGGCACCUUGUUCUGCCAGGGGACUGUCUGCAAAAUUCGCAAAGCCAAGACAUGGCUUGAAGAUACCUAAAGCCACAGAAGUCGCCCAGAUGAAUGAUGGGCUGGGUUGGGUCUUAUCUCGUGCUUGUAGUGUGACACCCACUAGUGGCUGCUGAGGUGCUUCGUGGAGUUCUCGUGACUCUGGAGCCCAUCUUGUGAUUUGUGGGUCGCUAAGAAGGCUGCUUCUCAGGUGCUCGGUAACUGACGCAAACGUUGUGUUGUCCUUUGCCAGACGCACCACCUCAAGGUGUCCAGGAUUCCUAGGCAGAGUCCUCCUAGGUCUUGCAACAGGACAUGAGGUCAGAGAGGGAAGCCCACUGCAGCCAAAACUUAGCUACUUCCUUGUUAGCAUGGGGCCUGGCUCCUUCCCAGAGUCCUGGAUCCAGGAGGCACUUCCGGCCAUUUUGGGAUCCCAGCGCCAUUAUUCUUCUUCCCCCCGCGAAGACCACACUAACUGCAAAAUAUAGAUUCCUCUGCUCCCGUGGCUUGCAUUAGCCAGUUGUGGAAAAAGACCGUUGGGAUGGAUAGUGCAUGCAGUCCUUGCAGCGUAGCUGAUGAGCUCACUCACAGAUCGGAGUCGUGUGUCUUGGGAAACGGCUUUGGCAGAGAGACCAAGUAUUUGCCGGUCUCUCAAGAACUGGAGCCACCUCGUGGUCAAAUGCAUGCAGCUGAAGAGACUGUUGGGAGUUGUGUAGCCAGAGGGGCCUCCUUGGAACUUCCUAGCCUGGGCUCAAACACAUACAUUGCUAGGAUACAAACUUUUUAUAUAUGCACUUUUUUUAAAAAAAGAAGCCGUCUGAAACUAGGAGCAGGACUCUUAAGUAGCAAUACUAGCUGUAUAUAUAAGGAGGUGCUUGAAACAGGCGCCUGAGGCAGGAGUACUCAUUUGUCCCAGGAGAGGAGAAAGUUGCAGUACACGAAGAGUUCGGCCUAAAAGGGGAAAUCUCAGCAGCCAGCCAGAAACUCAGGUGUACCACACAGUGAGGAGUGCACAGUUUGCGGUGUGUGUGUGACCUUGCCUCAUCUUCUGGUGUGCAGAGUACAGAAUUUUCUUCCAGACUGUGCCCUUGACGUAGCAUUUUGGACUUGCAAAGGCUUCUUGCUUAGGCAGUAGCUAUACAAUUGUCUGUCUGAGUGCUUGGAUGAAGUCAGGUCAAAGAUCAGGAAGAAGAGGUAACUACCUGGGAGGCCAUGGUCUUAUGGUAGGGAGCAGGAAUCGUCCCCUUGGCUAAACAGGGUCCACCCUGGUUGCCCUUUGAAUGGGAGACUACAGGCGUGAGCAGUGUAAGAUAUAGUCCCCUUAGGGGAUGCAGACACUUUGGGAAGAGCCCUUACCUGCAGAAGGGUCCAAGUUCCCUCCCUGGCAGCAUCUCCAAGAGAGGGCUGGGAGAGACUCCUGUCUGUAACCUCGGAGAAGCCGCUGCCAGUCUGUGAAGACAAUACUGAGCUAGGUGGACCAAGGGUCUGACUCAGUAUAUGGCAGCUUGCUAUGUACCUGAUUAUCCCUGAUUCUUAUAGUUACCUGCUUAGGUUCGCAUUGCCUGGAAAUGGUUUCAGUGUUGCUUAAGAUGACAUAGUUACCUCCUAACACAUCCUUUGCCUGCACAGGUGUGUGCUCAGCUUCCUCGGUCAAAGGAGGACUCUUAACUGGCGUCUAGUGGUUGGGAGUCCAGGGCCAGAAGUGGAUUGCUAAUCCAGAUUAACACUAACUACAGGGUAUAUGUGGCACUGACUAGAUGUUUAAAAGGGCCAAGGGGGGAACCGCACCAGGCUUUAUUCUGUUGAAUAUACUUCUCGGAAAGCCAUAUCCAGAAGCACAAUUGUAGUUGUUUCCAGGGGAGCAGAAGAAGCCAAGCUUUGUGCCAUGUGAGUGUCUCCUCCUUUGGAUCCUCAGGGCCUGGCUUCUUCUUUUUCUCCCCUGUUGCACGUUGAAUCGAGCCCUGUGGGGCAGCUUAGGGAUCAGUUGGCAGCUGUAAACAUUUCACCAUUGAAAGAGUAGCAGGAGCCAUCUCUGUAGACCAGACUAUCCCUGAGCCUACCUUUCUGACACUGCACUCGAGAACAUUGUGGGGAGGCAAGGUAGAGGGUGGUAUCAGCCCCCGCCCUUCAGCUUGCACUUGGAACAAAGAUCUUGGACCCCUUUGGGUCUAGUGAGGGGGGAAUAGCUUGGCCUUUAUUAAUUUGUUAAUUCCACUCUGUUGAAUGUCUUGGAAGAUGGCUUUCCAGAUCUUCCUCACAGGGAUUGAUGGAACUCGAUGUCCAGUGCACAAAACUCUGUGUCUUAGCAAGGAGGUGCUGUGGGGUCGAUAGGGCUGUGGUCCGCUUUGAAACUUUCUUUGCUGCCAGGAUGCAAAAGACGGCACAGAAAAGAGCUGCAGGGUCAGCAGCUGUCUCUAGCCACAGGGUGUGCAAGGAGGUGGUGAAGGCUGCCCUUUGGUUGUUUAAAGUUAAAACAAUCCUGUGAAUGUUUUGUCUCUGCUUACAAGCUUCCCCCCUCUCUCGUUGGAGGCGGAUACAAAUUGAGACUGCUGUUUGAUGCAGCAUGAGUCAGUGUGAACCAUUGUCGGCAGGUGAAAGGGCAUGCGUGCUGGUUUGGAAGAUGGUUUCGCCAGGUUCUGUGUCACCCACAUCUAGGAAUGGACACAAACAGUGGACAGUCCUUUCCCCUACCUUUUUGUGGGGUUGCUUCUCCAUCCAUAAUUGGGGCGAUUUAAAUCGCCAAAGCAAUGCCUCUCUCUUUGACCUCCCUGCCACCGGGAGCCAUCGAUGGCCUGACCUUGGCUGGUGGUGGUUCCAGUUGCAUGUUCUGUCGGUGUUCCCUCCGUUUGGCAGCCGUUAAGGUGCACUGGGCUGGCCGUCUCUUGAAAUCUCCUGAGCUAUCUGGGGCGAACAGAAGUAAUGGAAGACAUCCACAAGUUGACGCUGCGGGCAGUCCAUUUUCACCACGUUUCAUGGGGAUGUAAGUCCCUUGCCCAAUCCGCCAUGUGUGUGAUUGAAUCCAAGUAAUUCCUUUCUUUGACCUCGCUGCCAGCAGAAGCAGUCUAUGGCCUUUGGCUAGAGGCUGUCCUAGCUGUAUUUUCUUGGGCUCUUGUCCACUUUGUUUGGUGGCUGGGGUCGCACUAGGCUGCCUGUCAGUCAUGGAGGAGAGGUUUAUCAAUGGCUUCUCGUUGUUGGCUAUAGGCCACCUCCAGCCUCGGAGGCACAAGGCUUCUCAAGACCAGUUGCAGGGGAGAGAGAGCGUGCCCUCACCUCUUGCCCGUGGCCUUCCCAGAGGCAUCUGGUGGGCCUCUGUGGAAAACAGGAUGCUGGACUUGAUGGGCUUCCUUGGGCCUGAUCCAGCUGGGCUGUUCUGUUCUGUUCUAAAGCCUUUAGAGACAUCUGGGUUUAAACACAAGUUGCAUCUCCUUCCGUGCAUCUAAGUGAGUCCAGGAUUGGUAGUUUGCAUCCUGAAAGGGCAGUAGUCCUGAGAAGAGGGGCUAGGGGGCUAAUUGUUGGCAGCUUUGCUGGUGUAGAAGCAACCUCUCGUUCUCCAAGGCAGCUUUGAAGGCGGACUUCAGCGUGAGACCUCUCGGGUCACCUGGCCUUGGAGGUCUCUUGACCCCCGCGGGCCUGCCCGUCAGCAGAGAAAGUUGUAGAAGAAAUACUUGUGGGAGUCAGAGCUGUUCAAGAUCAAACGCAAGGAACGACAUGGGGCUGAGGGCCUCGUGGUUUGUGUACCUGAAUGAAUAAAUCGGUCUUGUCCUUUUUUUAUAUAUACAUAUAUAUAUUUUUUUAUAUCCAGCCUUGACACAGUAGAAUUGCUGUUUGAAUUCAUUUAUACACUUGGCUUCUGAAUUGUCAUUUUGAAGUUUUGUAGAAGAAUUCUCGCUUGCUAGACUAGAACCCCGGGGCUUCAGUGUCUUCUGGACCAGCCAGUGACUUCUGGCUUCCUCUUGAGGAGACCUGCCUACAGACCUUGGCUUCUGGCCAUGACCCAGCCAUGAACACCCACAUCUCCUUGGGCUGGUUUCCUGACCAUCCUCCCUUCCUCCUCCAGUAUCUCUACUUCCAGGUUUUCGGUGCUGUCAUAAAGAAGUUACCUUUCAACAGUGUUCCACAUGCUGUCGGCCUUUUCUUCCACUCUAUGCUAUAAAGUCCAGUACUUAUUUUGUAAUGUCUAAUUUUUCUACAAUAAAAUAGCGCUUUUUGGAAAGCC